AUGGCGCCCGCCGCGGCCGUCACCGGCGCCGGGGAUUCCGAUCGUCUCGCGCGCGAGGUGGCGCGGGUGCUGGACGAGUGCCGCGCAUCCCACGCCGUGCACCCGCGGAAGCUGCGGGAGCUCGCGGCGCUCCGCUCCUCCUCAGGAGGAGGCGGCGGCCGCCCCUUCCUCGCAGCCUUCUGCGUCGCUGUCACGCCGCUCUUCGCCCUCGCCCGCCGAUCCGCGGGAUCCGACCGCGUCGCUCGCUUCCUGGCUGCCUUCGCGUCCGCUUCCGCAUCUUCUUCGGCCGACGGCGGUGGGAACGGGUUCCUCGAGGAGUUCCUUCGCUUCCUCGUCACCGCGUCCAAGGCCGCGCACCGGCCCGCGCGAUUCCGCGCAUGCCAAAUCAUCUCCGAGAUUAUAAUGCGGUUGCCUGAUGAUGCUGAGGUGAGCGAUGAGAUUUGGGAUGAAGUAAUUGAUGGCAUGAAGGUCCGGGUUCAAGAUAAAAUCGCUGCAAUUCGCACUUAUGCUGUGCGAGCAUUGUCCCGUUUUGCAAUUGAUGGAGAGGAUGGUGGCAUUGUUGAUUUAUUCCUCGAGACCCUAGACAACGAGCAGAAUGCUGAGGUUCGGAAGGCAAUAGUUUUUUCCCUUCCACCAUCAAAUAAUACACUAGAGAGCGUUGUUGAAUCAAUGCUUGACAUUAGUGAAUCAGUUAGACGAGCAGCAUAUUCUGUGCUUUCAAAUAAAUUUCCCCUGCAGAGUUUAAGCAUAAAGCAAAGGACUACUGUCCUUCACAGGGGCCUAUCCGAUAGGUCUGCUUCAGUAAACAACGAGUGCCUGAAGAUGCUGAAGGAUGAGUGGCUUGUUAAGUACUGCAGAGGAGAUGUGAUUUCCCUUCUCAGAUUUCUUGAUGUUGAGACAUACGAAUCAGUUGGAGAAUCUGUAAUGGUGGUGCUUCUAAAAGAUGGUGCUUUGCGAGUGCAUGAUGGGCACAGUAUUAGGCAGUACUUCACUGCAAAUGGUGAAAAAGCAGAACAAGAUUCCAAUAUUCAACUCAUGGAUGCUGAGGUUGCUCUUUACUGGAGAAUCAUGUGCAAGCAUUUGCAAGCUGAAGCUCAGGUCAAAGGCUCAGAGGCUGCAGCAACUACAGGUGCAGAAGCAGCGGUAUAUGCUUCUGAGGCUACUGAUAAAAAUGAUCUUCUAGACAGUGUCCUUCCUAGCACAAUUACUGAUUAUGUUGAUUUGGUAAAGGCACACCUUUCUGCUGGACCAAAUUAUCACUUCACUUCAAGGCAACUAUUGCUACUUGGUGAAAUGCUUGAUUUCUCUGAUACUAUGAACCGAAAGAUUGCAAGUUCUUUUCUGCAUGAGCUUCUCAUCAGGCCUCUUGAACAUGAAGUUGACAAUGAUGGGAACCAGAUUGCAAUUGGAGAUGGUGUGAGUCUUGGAGGAGACAAAGACUGGGCGAAAGCAGUGGCAGAGUUGGCCAAAAAAGUGCAUUCUUCUGUUGGUGAAUUCGAAAUGGUGGUUUCCACUGUUGUUGAAGAGCUGGCUAGACCUUGCAGGGAGAGAACAGCUGACUUCAUGCAGUGGAUGCACUGUCUUGCCGUGACAGGUCUUCUGCUUCAGAAUACUUCAACCCUACGGAAUCUCCAGGCCACAGCAAUUGAGCCUUCAGAACUGCUUCACUCUUUGUUGCUUCCUGCAGCAAAACAAAAUCACGUUGAUGUACAAAGGGCUGCUUUAAGAUGCCUUUGUCUCCUUGGACUGUUAGAGAAUAGACCUAAUGCAGAGUUGGUGAAGCAGCUACGCUUAUCUUUCAUCAAUGGGCCUGACUUGGUUAGUGCCAUAGCAUGCAAGGCCUUGGUUGAUCUUGUAACUUGGCAUGGGCCACAAGAAAUAGAUCGAGCCAUUGGGAUUGAAUCGCCAGAUCCUAGCUAUGAAAAGUCUCAGUUCACUCAAGUUGACCUCUCUGAUAAGAAUGAUGAUGAUCUAAACAUUGGAGUUCUUGAUAUUUUAUUUUCUGGAUUCCAUAAAGAUGACUGGGAAUUCGAUCUAGAGGGUGAUAAUCAUGAUAAUGUCCCAACCAUACUUGGUGAAGGUUUUGCAAAGAUUCUUCUCCUCAGUGGCAAUUUUGCAAGUAUACCUGCUGAUUUGCAUACUGUUAUCCUCGCUCAACUCAUUAGAUUGUAUUUCUCAGAGCAAGCUAAAGAACUAGAAAGAUUGAAACAAUGUCUGUCUGUCUUCUUUCAGCACUAUCCAGCACUUUCAGACAAACACAAGAGUUGUAUCUCCAACGCAUUUGUACCUGUUAUGAAAGCCAUGUGGCCUGGUUUAUAUGGUAAUGCUGGGGGUAGCCCUCAUGUUAUUUCAAAGAGACGGAAACUUGCGGUUCAAGCUUCUCGUUUUAUGGUGCAAAUGGUGCAAACCCAAUUACUUUCAACAGAAAGUAUGGACCAAGCUUCGAAAAGUCCUGAAAGUGCUUCAGUUUCCGCAAAUGUGUCAAACAAUUUUGACAUCAGCGAGGAAGGGCUUGCUAUCCGUAUAGCACUAGAGGUAGUCAGUUGCCCAGAUAAGAAGACCGCAGCUGGGAAAGCAUAUGCUUUGGCCCUGUGCAAGGUUGCGGUGCUUCUAAGAUUCCGGCAAUCAGAACAGAAGGCCAUCAAGUGCAUGAGAGGCCUGGUUAAUCAUUUGGCUGCCUCAGUGGCUUCCGACAAGGAGCUCGUGAAGGAGCUAGCUCAAAUGGCUGCACGUCUCAGAUCGCUUGAUGCCUGUCCAGACGAAGAACUGUCACAAGAUGACGAAGAUGUCAUAUUCAAGAAACUAGGAUUGGAUGAUGGCUUCAAGUUGGACACCAAUCAAGCAGUGCCUCCUACUCCAGCACCACGGUCAGUCCGGCCUCCGGCUCCUGCCAGGAGAAAAACGAAACAGGCACCACCAUCCUCUAGCGACGAAAGUGACGAAGAAGGGGGAGAAGUUAGCGUGCCUGCAACAUCGGUAAGCAGGGUUCCAGCCACGCCUAGUAUGACUGCUGCUGCACGUUCUCAGAGAGCAAGCAAGACUGCUGCUCUGAGCAAGAUGUCUGCGAAACCACCUGCUAUUGCGUCUGAUGGCAGUGAGUCGGACGAUCAGUCUGACGUCACGAGUGAGGAGGAUUCAUACGAUGAGGAAUCGUCUUAG